AUGGCCAAGACACAGGCACCCGAGUCGGCGGGCGGCGCGUCCUUCGACCCUGAGCCGGGUCGGCUCCUCAGUGACAUGGCGCCGCAGCUUAUGACACCGGCGAUGAUGAAUGCCAUCGCACGUGUCAGCUUGCAGACGAAUUCCAUGACGACAGCGCGUGAUCCAUUCCCGCUGCAGCGCAGUAUCCUGCUGCUGGCACCUCGCUUUUCCAUGGAAAACCCCGCAAGAUCACUCGCGCGCAUCACGCACUCAAUAUGGCAGUUCUCAGGCAUUGGCAAGUCAAGUGAGAGCAAGGGCCGCAAGCGCGAGCGAACGCCCAUCACGUCGAUGGACGUUGGCGUACUUGAGGAGAGCCAGCGCAUCCUGGCCAACGCCGAUAUAGAUUUGGAUGCGUCGUUGGAUACAUCCAUUCUUGAUGAAAAUGCGUCGGAUGUGGACGGCGUGCCUGUGUCGCUGUUCCGAGGCUAUGAAGCCACCGUGCCACAUGUGUCUUCUGGCAAGGCGAGGCGUCGUCAGAUCCAGGCAUCCGAAGCAACGCGCCGUCGCAAGCAGCCACAAAACUUGCUCUCGCUUCACGAGCUUGAAGCACAAGAUAACGAAAUGCUGUCUGAGCGCCGCAACUUGGAGAUCCGCCGGGCCUUGUAUCAUGCUGAGAUUGUCAAUAUAGAUGCAAAAAUUGCCGCACUCGAAGCGACCAAGGCCUCCCUUCAGCAAAAACUCUUGAAUGUACGCGAGGAAGAGCUUGAACUGGACGAUGAGCGGCAAGGCGUGUCUGAGCUGCUGGAGUUGCAGCGUCACCGCAAAGCUAUGCCUGGCGGCCGGGGACUGGAUGCCAGUACGGUCGUGCCUUGCGCGGGAGGCAGUCGCUGGCGCAAAAGACCUGUAUUUUUGCCGAGUGAGCACGAUGAACUGCCUUCUGGGACCGCAUUCAUGAGCAUGCCACUGGAGGCGGGUCCUGUCACGGCCCUCGACUUCAGUGAGCCAUACGGCACGCUUAUUUCCGCCGCCUUGGACGAUGCUGUUCGUGUAUGGGAUUUAUCGACCGGCGAAGACGUCGGUCGGCUUCGUGGACACACCGAUACGGUCAAAUGUCUGCAAGUGGAAGACGAACUAUGUGUGACUGGCUCGCUUGACAGCACGCUACGAGUUUGGGACUUGACGCGCGUGGAUGCGUUUGAAGCGGCGUGUCAGGCACGUAUGCAGGGGCAGGAGCCGCCGGACGAGUCGCCGGAUCCGUGCGUGCGCGCUCUCGAGGGGCACAGUCGCGGUAUAACGGCUCUCUACUUUGACCAGAAAAGCCUUGUAUCGGGCGCAGCGGACAAGACGCUGCGGCAGUGGGAUCUCGAGACGAGUCAGUGUGUGCAGACCAUGGACAUUUUGUGGGCGAUGUCGAAUCCGAGCACCAGCGUUGACUUACGCGUGCCAUCGUCAACCACUGCACUGGAUCCUUUGCAUGGUGCAAACCAAUAUACCGGGCCGUUUUCAUACCCACAGCCACCGUACGAAGAUGGCACUUGGGAAAUGUAUACCGACUUUGUGGGCGGCAUUCAAUUCUGGGGCUAUGCACUUGCCAGUGGCUCGGGCGACGGCGGAGUCCGACUUUGGGAUCUGCGCACCGGUCAAGCUCAUCGCACAUUGUUGGGCCACACGGCGCCUGUCACUUGCUUGCAAUUUGACGACACGCAUAUCUUGACAGGCUCUCUGGACAAAACCAUCCGAAUAUGGGAUUUGAGAACCGGGCAUGUGUGGGAAACGCUGCAUUACGAUUACCCUGUGACGGCGCUUCAAUUCGACUCGCGCAAAAUUGUUGCCGCAGCCGGAGCUCGCGGCGUCGAUGUGUACAACCGGACGAGCGAACAGCAUAGCGCACUCGCGAUCAACGGACACACUGCACCUGCUGAACGGCUACGAUACAUGGAUCGCUAUGCCGUUACGGGCGGUCGCGAUAGUUGUGUCAAAGUUUGGAGUUUGUAG